AUGUCUCAUUGGCUCCUCCCUUGUACCCUUGUGCUCUUGUCAUUCAGUACCCUCGUUCGAGCUCAGGCUUUCAUCCCCCCUGCUAUUCCUCUUGCUGUCCGGUCGCCCUACCUGAACUGCUGGGCGAGCACGGCCGGAGCGAACCUCCCUUCCACAAAUAACACCGCUUUUUUCUGGUACAAUGUUGACUUCACGGACUGGCUGGGUCGUAUCAGGGUCGAUGGAACAACCUAUCAGUGGUUAGGUGACAGCAAAACCAACCAAAAUGUCACCAUUGCUCGUCUGGUUAGCACUACAAUAACACCUACGCAAACCAUCCAAAUCAUCGAGGCAGGCCCCAUGAAUAUGACCGUCACAUUCCUCUCGCCAGUGGAACCCUCUGACUGGGUCAAGCAAUCCUUAUCAUUUUCAUAUUUGGCUGUUGGAGCAGAAUCGACAGAUGGCAAGGCGCACAGCGUACAAGUUUACUCUGAAAUCACUGCCCAAUGGGCAUCUUCAGAUGCCAUUCCAACUGUCGCAACCAACAUAUCUUUCAGAGAUCCUGGUAGCUAUUAUUAUGCCAUGUCUCGUGGCGAAAAUGUGACCUACAAGACAUGCACUGAUACUGUUUGCCAAAGCAAUUUUACGCGAUUUGGUACCCUUGCGUUCGUAGAAAACAAUGUUACCUUUCGCGCAAUUGGAGACGAUAUGCCUGUUUUUGCCAUGUCUAUCGACCUCGGAGACAUUGUUUCUACCCAGUCAUCUCCCGUUGUGUGGGCCGUAGGGUACAACCACAAUCCGGUCAUCCAAUACACUGUUUCAAAUGGCGAAUAUCAGCUACGCAGUCCACUUUUCAUGGCAACCUAUCCAACUGUCGCCGAUGCGAUUGUGGACUUUCUUUCUGACUUUUCAGAUGCUCAAUCGAGAGCUGUAGCUCUGGACAAUCGGGUCCAACAGGCGGCCUCGCAAGUGACAACUGACCCAGGAUAUUAUACUAUGCUGUCAAUUGCAACUCGGCAGGCGUUCGGCUCUUUGUCUAUGACCAUUGACUCUAAUUCCAUUGGAAGUGACUGGAGUAUCUCGGAUGUAAUGAUUUUCAUGAAAAACAUGGGAUUCGAUGGGGGUGUCAAUCCUGUAGACAAAAUAUACGCAUCGUUUCCAAACUUUCUGUUCUUCAACGCUUCCUUAGGAGGGCCACUCCUUUUGCCCCUGCUUCAAAUUCAGUUCAAUAACGUGUCUCGACCGAAUUAUGCCGCGACAGAAUUAGGUGGGUGA